UCAUCAUCAUCAUCAUCAUGUUUUAUAUGAUAAGAAGAAAAAAGAUUCCAACUUGUUCAUCAAAAUGAUGAUUAUGUGUGAGUGAUUUGUAUCAAAUGUUGGUGCCUCAUACAAAUAGUACAAAUGUGCAAAUUUUUAUUUUUGGUAUAAUUUUCUCUUUUUUUUUGUUUUUUUUUGUUUGUUUGUUUGUUUCCAUAUUGGUUGCCCGUUGUUAUAAACAAUUUUUUUUUCUUUGAAUUUUGCCCAAAAAAUAGACUUUUCUUCACUAUCGAUCUGAAAACAAUUCAACUUCAAAAUAAACAACAACAAUCGAUCAAUCAAUCAAUCAAGUUGAGAAACCAUUGUUUUAUUCGUCUUUUUCAAUCUGUUUGUUUUAAUUUUUUUUUUUUUUUUUUUGGAAUAUCAAUACCUGUGGAAAUUGUGUACCGUUUGUUUUUGUUUGUGUGUUUUUAUACAUAUAUAUGUGAGUAAACAAAUCACCGAUCUAUAAAAAAAUGUUCAUGUUAAUCAUCGAUCUAUUAUUACGACAAUUACGUUAUAUUGUCAAUAUAUUUGCCAUAAUAAUUGGCUACAUAUUCUAUCCAAGUCAACAGGGUUUUUUACCCCCAAUUAAUGAUCUUUUAUUACAACCGGCCAUAAAAUUGGCCCAAAAGAUUAAAUCUGGUCAGCUUAAAAGCGAAGAUCUAGUUCAAGCAUAUAUUGAUCGUUGUAAAAAAGUAAAUGAUGAUCUAAAUACAAUUGUACAUGAUAAUUUUACCGAUGCAUUACAAGAAGCACGUAAUGUUGAUGAACGUGUUCAACGUGAAUUACGUGGUGAAAAAUUACCAGAUGAAUCAUCGAUACAUGAUUAUCCAUUUUUGGGCAUUCCUUAUACGGCUAAAAAUUCAAUAUCAGUUAAAGGAUUUACAUUCACAUGUGGUACUUAUAAUCGUAAAGGAAUUGUAGCCGAUAAAGAUUGUACGACCAUCAUUAAUAUGCGUAAAAGUGGUGCAAUAUUUUUAGCACUUACAAAUGUACCGGAUACAACAUUAUUUAGUGAUUCAUUCAACUAUCUAGAUGGACAGACAAAUAAUCCUUAUGAUAAAUCUCGGGUGCCGGGCGGUUCUUCCGGUGGUGAAGCUGCAUUGAUUGCUUCUGCAGGCUCUGUUUUGGGGAUUGGUUCCGAUAUUGGAGGAUCACUACGAAUUCCUGCACAUUUUUGUGGAAUAUUUUCUCAUUGUACAACGGCUGGAAAUAUUGUAAUUGAUGAAAUAUUUCCACCACAAAAAGAUAUUCAUCCAGAUGUUCUGACCAUUGGACCAAUGUGUCGUUAUGCAUGUGAUCUACGGCCAAUGCUUAAAGUGAUGACUGGUGAUAAAUUGGAUCUAACAGAAAAACCAUUCAAUUAUUCAGAUUUAAAUGUCUACUAUAUACGUGAUCUUGGUGAUCCAUUAGCCUUGCCGGUGGAUGUUGAAAUAUUAAAAGGUUUAGACAAAAUGGUCAGACAUUUCAUUGAAAAUGGUACACGAACAAUGGAAUUGAAUAUGGCAAAAGGUGAUCCAGAUUCAUUCUAUGAUUUUCGUUUGGCAACAUUAUUCUGGUUGGCCGCAUUACAUGAUCCACAAAUGCCAAGCUAUCAUGAAUUGAUAAGUUAUGGUGUGAAAAUGAAUCCAUAUUAUGAAUUAAUUAAAUGUUUUAUUGGCACACAAAGCCGUUAUGCUGCUGGUCCAUUAGUGAUUGGUAUCACACAAAAAGUUGGUGACAAAUUUUUGACAAAAGAUUUUUUUGACAAAUGGCGUAAAACACAAUCAAAUUUACAUAAAUUACUUGAAAAUGAUGGCGUUAUAUUGUGUCCAAUAUCACCAGAAAUUGCUCCUAAACAUAAUCAAUCAUUGUUGAAAGCUUUCGAUUGUGUCUAUACAAUGUUAUGGAAUUCAAUGAAUGUGGCUAUAACAACAAUACCGAUGGGUAUUGAUCGCCAUGGUAUGCCAUUCGCCAUACAAGUGAUUGCUGCACCAAACAAUGAUAAAUUAAGCCUUUCAAUUGUCGAAGAAUUAUCCAAACAUUUUGGUGGCUGGAUACCACCUUGUCCGGUGGAUGUAUUAUCAUCUUCUUCAUCAUCAUCAUCAUGACGGCUUUGAUAAUCUACACACACACAUUGUUUUUAAUGAUUUAAUUUAGAAUAGAGCAGUCUAUUUGAAAGUUCUAAAAUUCAAAAAAAAAAAAAAAAUUCACUUAUCGAUACUCAAAAU